AUGUCUCUCACUCUAUCUCUCUCCACCGGAAAGUCUGAAAUUGAUUUUGUCAGCAACUUGAAAGUUUCAGUUGCAUCUGCUGUCUAUAAGCUUCCUAUCAAGGUCGUUGAGGUUGAUUCCAACAAUGUUGUUCUUAAAAAAGACAGUAGCUCGUUGAAUUUGGUUGAACCUAAUUCAAUUGUCAAAUAUUUUUAUGCUCUUUCCAUAAAGUCAAACUCAAUUAUUGAAACACUGGACAUUUUGGUCUUUGAAGAAACUGCUUUAUACUCAUCUUUAGUUUCGGACAAUUUAAACUCUGAAACCUUAGAGAGUCUUGCUAAUUUGUUUUCUUUUUCUUUGAAACAUGAAUGUCCUGUGCAAAUUAUUAUUUUUUCUUCUCUCUAUCCAUUUUUCAAAAAAAACUUAAUCCAAAACCAGAAAAUAUUAGCCUGGUUCAACGAGUUUGCGAACGUCCCAAUAAUUUCCAAAGUUUUAUCAAAUUUUAAUACCGAAGUUGAAAAACCACAAAAUACUGGGAGAGUAAAUAUUAAAGACGACUUCUUGAAAAGAAAACAAGAAGCAGAAAUUCUACCAAAAGAUGGCGAGAGAAAUAUCUUAAUUACAUCUGCUUUGCCAUAUGUCAACAAUGUUCCUCACUUGGGUAAUGUCAUUGGCUCUGUUUUAUCUGCUGACACUUAUGCUCGUUAUGUCAAGUCUAGAAAUUACAAUGUUUUAUUUAUUGGUGGUACCGAUGAAUAUGGUACUGCAACAGAAACAAGAGCAUUGAAGGAAAACAUUACCCCACAACAACUUUGUGAUAAAUAUCACACUAUUCACAGAAAGAUAUACGACUGGUUUGACAUUGAUUUUGAUUUCUUUGGCAGAACAACUACUAAUCAACAAACUGUGAUUGCUCAAGAUAUUUUCAACAAAUUAUACAAAAAUUCCUACCUUGAAGAACAAACUAAUGAGCAAUUAUACUGCCCAGUUCAUAAUAAAUUCUUAGCCGAUAGAUAUGUCGAAGGUACUUGUCCUCAUUGUGCUUAUGAAAAAGCAAGAGGCGAUCAAUGCGACAAAUGUGGAAAACUAUUAAACCCUGAAGAAUUAAUUGAUCCAAAAUGUCAAAUGGAUAAUGCAACACCAGAAUUGAGAUCAACUGACCAUAUUUUUUUGCAAUUAGAUAAAUUACAAGGUGAUGUGGAAAAAUGGAUUCACACCCAAAGUGAAAAGGGUAAAUGGAGCAAAAAUGCUAAAACAAUUGCCAACUCAUGGUUAAAAGAAGGUCUCAGAGCUUUUGCUAUCACACGAGAUUUAGUUUGGGGUACUCCUGUUCCUUUAAAGGGUUAUGAAAACAAAGUUUUAUACGUUUGGUUCGAUGCCACUAUCGGUUAUGUUUCUAUAACUGCAAACUAUACUGAAAAUUGGGAAAAAUGGUGGAAAAAUCCCAAAAAUGUUCAAUUGUACCAGUUUAUGGGUAAAGAUAAUGUUUCAUUUCACACCAUUAUCUUUCCAGCUUCCCAAAUUGGUACAAGCGAUCCAUGGACCAUGUUAUAUCAUUUAAGUUGCACAGAAUACCUACAAUAUGAAGGUGGUAAAUUUUCAAAAUCUGAAGGUGUUGGUGUCUUUGGUAAUAAUGCUCAGGACCUUGGUUUAUCGCCCUCUGUUUGGAGAUAUUAUUUGCUAUCUGUUAGGCCAGAAAGCGCGGAUUCUCAAUUUUCUUGGUCAGAUUUUGUUGCUCGUAAUAAUAACGAGUUGUUGGCCAAUUUAGGUAAUUUUGUCAACAGAUUAAUUAAAUUUAUCAACAAAAAUUAUAAUGGGGUUAUUCCAGAUUCUGACUAUAAAAAUAUCAAUAAAUAUCAAGAAACUUUGAAAGAAUUCAAUGAUUUAUUGAUAAAUUAUAAUAAUGAGAUGGAAAAUGUUCAUUUAAAAAAGGGUUUGGAAGCUGCAAUGGCAAUAUCAUCAAGAGGUAAUUUGUUCUUACAAGACAAUAAAUUGGAUAACUCAUUAUACAAAAACGAGAAGAGCAAAUGCGAUGCGGUCGUUUCAUUUGGUGUUAAUAUUAUUGCAAUAGUUUCUGCUAUCAUUUCUCCAUUUAUACCAGAAACUUCUGAAUCAAUUUUCAAACAAUUAAAUGUUCCAUCUUUACGUAUUCCAGAUGAAUUUCAAACUAUAAUAUUACCUGGCCAUUGUAUCGCCAAGGCCCAAUAUUUGUUUAAACGUAUUGAUGAAAAGAAAAUUGGUGAAUGGAGGAAAAAAUAUAACGGUAAGCAACAAUAG